UUUUGUUUGACAUAUUUAGAAUUAAUCCCUGAACUCUGAAGGCAGAAUUCAGAGUUUCAGAAAUAAAACAGCUAAUUUAUUAUUUGUGUUAAACAGCCGGUGCACAUUGCACAGCUGUUAAUUGUAUGAAAUAAAAUAUAUAGCCAUUUAUGUUAUCUCUAUUCAAAACUAGAGAUAUUUAAAUGCUAAAGUAAUAAUACUUUGUGGAGUUGCUAAUCGACGAACUCUUCUGUCACUCAUUUAUAUAAUACAUCAAGACUGAAAACGCCGCGAAAAUGAGAAUUCUUCUUUUAAAUACUGUGUCCAAUACUUUUGGGAGGAGGUUUUUAUCCACUAAAAAUGUAAGAAAAGUUACACAUUGUAUAUUUGAUAUGGAUGGUCUAUUAUUAGAUACAGAACGAGUGUAUAAAAAGAUGAUAACCCAACUAUGCGCUAAUUAUGGCCAUCAAUAUACUGAUGAAUUAAUGAUGAAAGUUCUUGGUGGAACAGAACAAAGGCUCUCAGAAAUCCUCUGCAAAGAAUUAAGGCUCCCAAUUACUCCAAAAGAAUUUAGAGAUCAAUUAUUAGUUUUAGGAGAUACUAUGUUGGCCAAUGCUCCAUUAAUGGAUGGGGCAGAAAGAUUAAUUCGUCAUUUACACACAUCAAAAGUGCCAUUUGCCUUAGCCACAUCAUCUAGUGCCCGAUCAGUUGACACUAAGAUUGCUAGUUAUAAAGAAUUGUUUAGUUAUUUCAAUCACAUGGUAAUGGGCAGUACAGAUAGAGAAGUGAAGUUUGGAAAGCCACAUCCUGAUAUAUUCUUAGUAGCUGCUGCAAGAUUUCCAGAUAAACCUGAUCCUAGUAAAUGCUUAGUAUUUGAAGACUCGCCUCAUGGUGUGACAGCUGGUAUAUCAGCUGGGAUGCAAGUAGUUAUGGUUCCUGACUCUCACUUAAACAAAAUGUUAACAACACAUGCAACAAUAGUAUUACCAACACUUGCGAAAUUCCAACCUGAAAUAUUUGGUUUGCCCCCUUUUAAGUGACACUGUAUUUAUUUUAAGUAGUAUUGCAUGAAAAAUAACAGUUUACAUUUGUGACAUUGUCUUCCAUUUCUUUACUAUAAUUUUGGAUUCAUCUAUUUUAUGAAAAUACUUAGGUUGUACUUGUUGUAUGUGCCUAAAGUUAGCUUAUACUGCUUUUGAAUCUGAUAUUUUCUAAGUUGUAUACAUGUGGUACUUCAAUGCUUAUUAUUUAAUUGCACAAACCACAAAUAUGAUCAAAGCCCACAUUUAUGCUUUUAUUUAUACAAACUUUUUAAUCUUGUAAAUUAUAAAAAUAUUUUAUUAUGUAAACUACUGAUUUUCUUAUAAGGAAUAUAACAAAAUUUAAUAUAGAACCAGUUAACAAAAACCUCUUAUAGUUACAAUUACAUCGUACAUCUCUGAGUUAUAAAUUUGAGUAAUUUAUAGUGUUAUUAUUGAUUCAUGAAUACUUUUAUUAUUACUUUAAUUGUAACAAAUAAUCUAUUAAGAUUAAGAUUUAUAACAGUAAUUGACUGUUGCCUUUGUACAGUUUAUUUAAAUGUAAUAUUUAUCUAAGUGCCAGCUUGGUUUAUGACA